UUUUGUCCUGACACCUUCCUAACAUCGAAUUUUCUACCAACGGGCUCCCUUUCAGCUCUCCGCCCUCUCUCUCUUUCUCUCUCUCUCUCUCUCUCUCUCUCUCUCUCCAAUCCAUCUGUCGCUCCCCUCCUCCCUCUCUAUCUAUUAGAUUAAACUAAGCUAGUGAUUAAAGUAAUUGAAUUCUCUCCCUCCCUCUGUCUGUACGUAUAAUAUAGGUGUGAUUUCUGAACAAGCUCUGCCACGGUAGUUUAUUCAAUUCUUGUUUGUCUCUAUUUGACGUUUCAAAUGCCUGGUUACUAGUGUUGCUGCCAACUCUAUCCAGCAGUAAAAAGUUUGCAUUGAACUUUCAGGUUCUCUGGAUUCGCUAAUGAAGAUGGCAUCUGGAAAAUUGUGAUUCCGAGUUGCAAGCGUGAUCUUAAGGCAUAGUUCUUGAUAUCGUUGUUCUGAUGGGAUCGAGAACUAUGCCUUUGGGACGUACCCUUGACUUGCCGGAUUCAAUUGGUGAGAGGGAUAAUGUAAACAAGAACUAUGAAGUUUCAGCACAUGAUGAAAAGGUUAGCCUGAUUGAUCAUGAGCAAACUGGAGCCUUGGGCCAAAUUCUAAGUCCAGCAAGUGGUACAAGAAAAGCUACAAACAGGUCACUUUCGGGGAUGAAAUCAUUCUGCAGUGAUGAUGUUGAUUUAGAAGAUGGUAAACUGGUGAAAGACAGAGAGAGAACUGCACAUUUACAUGUCCUUGGCAAAGUUCAUAACCAGGCUUUAUUGUCUGGGAUAGCAUAUUGCAUUUCUUCAUGCAGCAUGAUACUAGUCAAUAAGUUUGUGCUGUCAAGCUAUGAUUUCAGUGGUGGAAUAUUUUUAAUGGUUUAUCAGAACCUCGUAUCUGUGAUUAUUGUUUCUUUCUUGAGCUUUUCUGGCAUAAUCUUGACAGAGCCCCUAACUUGGAGAUUGAUUAAGGUCUGGUUGCCUGUGAACGUUAUAUUUGUUGGGAUGCUUAUUACAAGCAUUUUCAGUCUUAAGUACAUUAAUGUUGCGAUGGUUACAAUCCUGAAGAAUGUCACUAAUGUGAUAACUGCUGUUGGUGAAAUGUAUCUUUUCAACAAGCAUCAUGACAAUAAAGUCUGGGUAGCUUUGUUCUUCAUGAUUAUUUCAGCAAUAUCUGGAGGGAUCACAGAUCUUACUUUUCAUGCUGUAGGAUAUUCAUGGCAGUUUCUAAACUGUCUUCUUACAGCUUCAUAUUCGUUAACAUUGAGGAGAAUCAUGGAUACAGCAAAGCAAGUCAGUAAAUCUGGUAAUUUAAAUGAGUUCUCAAUGGUGCUACUGAACAAUGUCCUCUCACUGCCUCUAGGACUGAUGCUUCUUGUUGCAUUCAAUGAGGUGGACUACCUUUCUAAGACGCCACUUCUACGGAUGCCUGUAUUCUGGUUGGUUUUGACAGCAAGCGGAUUGUUAGGCCUUGCCAUUAGUUUUACUUCAAUGUGGUUUCUGCAUCAAACUGGUGCUACAACAUACAGUCUGGUGGGUUCUCUUAACAAGAUUCCCCUUUCCAUAGCUGGGAUUCUUCUUUUCAAUGUUCCAACAACCCCUGAAAACUUCUCAAGUAUUCUUUUUGGCCUUCUUGCUGGAGUAUUUUUUGCGAAAGCAAAGAUGAUGGAAAGGACUUAAUUGCAACAUGUGGAACUCUCACGAGGUCCAGCAGCUAGAAUUGGCUCCCUGCUGAAUCUGGUCGUUAUUCAAAAUCAAACUCAAUGUGACUGUGCUCAAAACUUUUACAGUGGAACCAGUUGUUGGGCUCCAAUUGAUAAAUCAGGGGAGGGGGGGCAUGAGGAAAGGAGCCAAGUUCUCAACCCCUUCCUAAUUGGCGGCUUUCCGAGUAAUUGGCCAUGAAAAAAAUGGCUCCAUGUAUAAUAUCCAGCAUAAUUCUGGUGGGUCAUACCCCUCAUUCAAACAUCAUAGGUCUCAACUUCCGAUAGCAAUUCGAUGGGUUUGUCCCACUUGCAAUUCUUCAACAUUGUAUUUUGGUUUCUCUUCUUGAAAAAGGAACAUUGUAUUUGGCUUUUUCCAUGCUAAUAUAAAUGUAAAUGGCGGUAGAUUGCACUUUUCUUGUGUC